GUACCGUCGUACUAUAAUCUAGAGCAUCUUCUAUCAACCCCACCCCUCGUCAUCUCCCCAAUCCGGCGUCGCUCGGACAAUGUCUCGACUGCUGCAAUUCCCCAGCUGAUGAACGGUGCAGCUUGCAUGCAUUAGGUGCUCGUGCUCCGCUCUGAUCGGUUAAUGCUGGUUACUCUUCGUUACUCGUUACUCGUUGCUCAGGGCUCCAUUUUUGCUGGCCACUGGCCCGUGGCCCUGGCCCUCUUCGCUCGCCCUGUUCCCGGCUCUUUCCCUCCCCUCUUCCUCCUUCCCCUCUUUACCUGGUGUCACCACUCAAAACCCCCGUCUUCCGGUCUAUCUUUCCUUUCUUUUACCUCAUCUUCUUCUUCAGAGUUUAUAGUCCUGCUCUGGAUUUCCACUUCCCAUUUCACUCCCACAACCCUCGAAACUGCCAAUCUACAACCGCAGUCCCUCUUCACCAUUGAUCACUGAUCACUGUCCAUUAAUCAUCGAUCAUGGCGUCGUCGGAGCCAACUGAGCGCCGUCGUGAGCGCAGACCCUCCGUGGGAGCUCCAAUUGCAGAUCUCCAGGGUCCCGUCGGUCCGGGUUUCAGUCGUCCCAAGCACAAGCGCACGUUUACCGGCUUCGGCCCAUCCGAGAUCAAGGGCGUGGAAGCGAGUAUUCCGGAGCCACUGCGUGAGGCAUGGCGGAAGCAUUCAGCUACCGAGUUCACUUCUAAAGAUGAGUUCGAGAGAGAUUUCGUGCGCCACAUCGAGACAACACUCGCCCGCUCCCUGUACAAUUGCGAUGAGCUGGCAGCCUACUCGGGCACCGCACUGGCGUUCCGAGACCGAUUGAUCAUUGAGUGGAAUCGGACUCAGCAGCGCCAGACAUUUACCGACCAGAAGCGAGUCUACUAUCUCUCGCUCGAAUUCCUGAUGGGUCGUGCUUUAGACAAUGCGAUGCUUAACGUCGGCAUGAAAGACGUCGCGCGAGAUGGUUUGGCCGACCUUGGUUUCCGAAUCGAGGACGCUAUCACCCAGGAGCAUGAUGCCGCACUUGGAAACGGCGGUCUUGGUCGUCUGGCGGCCUGCUUCUUGGACAGUAUGGCCACGUUGAACUAUCCUGCCUGGGGAUACGGUCUGCGUUACCGCUAUGGAAUCUUCAAGCAGGAGAUUGUCAAUGGAUAUCAGAUGGAGGUUCCAGACUACUGGCUUGAUAAUAAUCCUUGGGAGUUCCCUCGACACGAUAUCACGGUGGACAUUCAGUUCUAUGGCCAUGUGACCAAGUAUCAGGAUGAGAAUGGCAAAGUGUGCCACUCUUGGGAAUCAGGAGAGACCGUGCAAGCCGUUGCAUACGAUGUCCCUAUUCCUGGAUACCGCACCAAGACUACAAACAACCUUCGGUUAUGGUCUAGCAAGGCCAGCAGUGGCGAAUUCGACUUCCAGAAGUUCAAUGCGGGCGAUUAUGAGAGUGCAGUUGCAGAUCAACAGACCGCCGAGACCAUCUCUGCAGUGCUGUAUCCGAAUGACAACUUGGAACGAGGCAAAGAACUUCGUCUCAAGCAACAGUACUUCUGGUGUGCUGCCUCUCUUUAUGACAUCGUGCGACGAUUCAAGAAGACGAACAGGGCUUGGAGUGAGUUCCCUGACCAAGUCGCAAUUCAACUGAACGAUACCCAUCCCACGCUCGCCAUUGUGGAAUUGCAGCGUAUCUUGAUUGAUGUCGAGGGCUUGGAGUGGGAUGAGGCAUGGCGUAUUGUGAUUGGAACUUUUGGAUACACCAACCAUACCGUUCUCCCCGAGGCCCUGGAGAAGUGGUCGGUUCCAUUGAUGCAGAACCUACUUCCUCGCCACUUGCAGAUCAUCUACGAUAUUAAUCUAUUCUUCCUCCAGUCCGUGGAGAAGCGAUUCCCGAAUGACCGGGACAUGCUCUCGCGAGUGUCAAUCAUUGAAGAAUCGCACCCCAAGAUGGUGCGCAUGGCUCACAUUGCCAUCAUUGGAUCUCACAAGGUCAAUGGUGUUGCCGAGCUGCAUUCGGACCUCAUCAAGACGACCAUUUUCAAGGACUUUGUGCAGAUAUAUGGACCAGAUCGCUUCACCAAUGUCACCAACGGAAUUACGCCUCGACGUUGGCUGCACCAGGCAAACCCCGCGCUCUCUGCCUUGAUUGCAGAGAAGCUGGGUGGAUAUGAGUUUUUGACCGACUUGACCUUGCUGGAUAAGCUCGAGACUUUCGUCGAUGACAAGAACUUCCGACGGGAAUGGUCAGACAUCAAGGCGAAGAAUAAGCUGCGGCUAGCCAGGCUCAUCAAGGACUUGACUGGCUAUUCCGUGAACCCCAACUCGUUGUUCGAUGUUCAGGUCAAGCGCAUUCACGAGUACAAACGCCAGCAACUGAACAUUUUUGGAGUCAUUCACCGAUACCUCAGUAUCAAGGCCAUGACACCCGAACAGCGGAAGAAGGUGGUACCGCGAGUCUCGAUCUUCGGUGGCAAGGCCGCUCCUGGUUACUGGAUGGCCAAGUCGAUUAUCUAUCUUAUCAACAGUGUUGCCGCUGUGGUGAACAAGGAUGAUGAUAUUGGUGAUCUCUUGAAGGUCAUCUUUAUCGAGGACUAUAACGUCAGCAAGGCGGAGAUUAUUUGCCCGGCUUCUGAUAUUAGCGAGCAUAUCUCUACUGCUGGAACCGAGGCCAGUGGCACGAGCAACAUGAAAUUUGUGCUGAAUGGUGGUUUGAUUAUCGGUACUUGUGACGGAGCUAACAUUGAGAUUACUCGUGAAAUUGGCGAGCAAAACAUCUUCCUCUUUGGCAACCUUGCGGAAGAUGUAGAGGAUCUUCGGCACCGACACUUCUACGGUGGAUUCCAGCUGGACCCACAACUGAAGCGUGUAUUUGAAACCAUCAAGGCGGGCACCUUUGGUGAUCCGUCGUCAUUCAAUUCGCUGAUCUCUUCCAUUGAAGAGCAUGGCGACUACUAUCUCGUCUCCGAUGAUUUCAACUCUUACAUCGCUACUCAUGAGAUGGUAGACAAGGAGUUCCAGAAUCAGGAAGAAUGGCUGGCCAAGUCGAUCACCAGCGUUGCGCGCAUGGGCUUCUUCUCUAUGGAUCGGGUGACCAACGAGUACGCCGAUAGUAUUUGGAAUGUCGAGCCCCUUGAUAUUGCGGAUUAGGUCCGACAUGACUAUUGAAUUGUGAUUUUUGGUACUCUUGCUUAUGUUUUACUCAAUAUUCAUGUUUGUGAACUUGUAUCUUUUCUGCAUCCAAGUCCUGAUGGCAAAGUUCUUAUAUAUCUUUUACGCGAUUGGAAUGAACUGCACGUAGAAGAAAGCAGUUGAAAUUUCUAUUUGUUUCAUUCGACAACGUCGCGUCUAUCUGCACGUUGACACACUGUUUCUGACACAAUUUUCAUCAACAAAAUUGCCGUCACUAAAAGGGUAUGCCCCAAAAAAGGUAGAAAACUGGGACAUGGGAACGCACGAACAUGGAUAUCUCAAGCCGAUACCAAUCCCCAUGCCCGCAUGAGAAAGAUAACACUAAUUAAGAUAGAAAAAAAAAGCUUUUCGAUAUCUUCAGAUCGAAAGCUCAUAACUUAUCGAAAGCAACGAAGUAUAACCCACUUGACAUCUUCAAGCAACAGCCGUCUCAUCGCUUUCCUGAAUCGUCGCCUGGGGCUUAUAAUCGGAGAAAGUCUCCGGCCAAAGGAACAUCUUCUCUUCCUUGGAGGGAGUACCAACGGUCAUCAAAGUCGGCACCUAAAAAAAACAUCCCAAUUAGCCACCCAGUUCACCUGGACCCAAACCAUUCUACAAGAAACAACCAAAGGGGAAAGUACGUACCGCUUCUUUCGAAGAAAUCCGCCUCCACAUGUUAGCCCGCGGGUUAUACCGCACCGGCUUACCCACACCGCCAGUCUGACUUUGAUCCUCCCGACUGAUAGCCUCGAUCUCACGCUUGAUAUCAAGGAAACUAUCAAAGGGGAUAUAAGGAAUCUUGUGCUCCUGGCAGUACUCCUCGAGACGGAGACCGCGACGGGCAAAGAGAACGUCUGCUUCGCGGGCGGCGGCUAGAUCGGAGACGCCGUCGCCAAUGAAGACGAUGAGGGGCAUCUCGUCCGGGAGACACUCGGAUUGCGCUUUUGCGCGGGCUUCGUUGACGGAGAGGGCUUUGUCGUGGCCUAGUUCCGUGUCGUGGCGCCAGAUGGGUUUCCACGAGGACCCGUCCGGUUUGAUUAUGGCGUCGUUGGCGACAAUGUCGAUUGCAGCUGCC